GAACACACCGGGCCGGUUGGGGGCCCCGCUCGCCGGCGGGAGCCACCGGAGCCCCGGCCACGAAGGGGUGCGACCCCCUGCCGGCCCCGCCCUCCCGGCUGCAGCCCGGCCAAUCAGAGCAGCUCUUACUGGCGGGUGGGCUGAGCCGGCCCAGCUGCUCGGAGGCUCUGGCAUGUCGGUUCCCGAUUCUGGUCCCCGGCCCCCAGCAGCGCCUGCCCCCUUCCCACCGGGGCCCCCCAUGAUGCCACCACCCUUCAUGCCCCCUCCAGGGAUCCCCCCACCCUUUCCUCCGAUGGGGCUACCCCCCAUGAGUCAGAGACCACCAGCUAUCCCCCCCAUGCCCCCUGGCAUCCUGCCCCCAAUGCUUCCACCAAUGGGGGCGCCACCACCACUCACACAGAUACCAGGAAUGGUACCUCCAAUGAUGCCAGGAAUGCUGAUGCCAGCGGUGCCUGUCACCGCAGCGACGGCUCCGGGUGCGGACACCGCCAGCUCUGCUGUGGCUGGGACAGGCCCUCCGAGGGCCCUAUGGAGUGAGCAUGUGGCCCCAGAUGGGCGCAUCUACUACUACAAUGCUGACGACAAGCAGUCCGUGUGGGAGAAGCCCAGCGUGCUCAAGUCCAAGGCAGAGCUGCUCCUGUCGCAAUGUCCCUGGAAAGAGUACAAGUCAGACACAGGCAAACCUUACUACUAUAACAACCAGAGUAAAGAGUCUCGCUGGACCCGGCCCAAGGAUCUGGAUGACCUAGAGGUUCUAGUCAAACAAGAGGCUGCAGGGAAACAGCAGCAGCAGCUACCACAGACACUUCAGCCACAGCCGCCUCAGCCACAGCCUGACCCCCCACCUGCACCUCCUGGCCCCACCCCAGUGCCCACAGGCCUCCUGGAACCUGAGCCAGGUGGGAGUGAAGAUUGUGAUGUGUCGGAGGCCACCCAGCCCCUGGAACAGGGGUUCCUGCAGCAGUUGGAGGAGGGCCCCAGCAGUUCUGCUGGACAGCAUCAGCCACAGCAGGAGGAGGAGGAAUCAAAGCCAGAACCAGAGAGGUCUGGCCUCAGUUGGAGCAACCGGGAGAAGGCAAAGCAGGCAUUCAAGGAACUGCUGAGGGACAAGGCUGUCCCCUCCAACGCCUCAUGGGAACAGGCCAUGAAGAUGGUGGUCACCGACCCCCGUUACAGUGCCUUGCCCAAACUGAGUGAGAAAAAGCAGGCAUUCAAUGCCUACAAGGCGCAGCGGGAGAAGGAGGAGAAGGAGGAGGCCCGGCUAAGGGCCAAGGAGGCCAAGCAGACCCUGCAGCAUUUCCUGGAGCAGCAUGAACGCAUGACCUCCACCACCCGCUACCGGCGGGCAGAACAGACCUUUGGAGAGCUGGAGGUCUGGGCUGUGGUCCCUGAGAGGGAUCGAAAAGAGGUUUAUGAUGAUGUCCUCUUCUUCCUGGCCAAGAAGGAGAAGGAACAGGCCAAGCAGCUCCGGCGCCGCAAUAUCCAGGCCCUAAAGAGCAUCCUGGAUGGGAUGAGUAGUGUCAACUUCCAAACCACGUGGUCCCAGGCCCAGCAGUACCUCAUGGAUAACCCCAGCUUUGCUCAGGACCAUCAGCUACAGAACAUGGACAAGGAAGAUGCACUGAUCUGUUUUGAGGAGCACAUCCGAGCUUUGGAGAGGGAAGAGGAGGAGGAACGGGAGCGGGCCCGGCUUCGGGAGCGACGCCAACAACGCAAGAAUCGGGAGGCCUUCCAGACCUUCCUGGAUGAGCUGCAUGAGACAGGGCAGCUGCACUCUAUGUCCACCUGGAUGGAGCUAUAUCCAGCAGUCAGCACUGAUGUCCGUUUUGCCAACAUGCUGGGCCAGCCGGGCUCCACGCCUCUGGACUUGUUCAAGUUCUAUGUGGAGGAGUUGAAGGCACGAUUCCAUGAUGAAAAGAAGAUCAUUAAGGACAUCCUUAAGGACCGGGGCUUCUGCGUGGAGGUGAACACGGCCUUUGAGGACUUCGCCCACGUCAUAAGCUUUGACAAGAGGGCUGCCGCACUGGACGCAGGCAACAUCAAGCUGACCUUCAAUAGUCUGCUGGAGAAAGCAGAGGCACGGGAGAGGGAGCGGGAGAAGGAGGAGGCACGCAGGAUGCGGCGCAGGGAAGCUGCCUUUCGAAGCAUGCUGAGGCAGGCUGUGCCUGCUCUGGAGCUAGGCACUGCCUGGGAAGAGGUCCGUGAGCGUUUUGUGUGUGACUCAGCCUUUGAGCAGAUCACCCUGGAGUCGGAGCGGAUCCGGCUCUUCCGGGAGUUCCUACAGGUGCUGGAGACUGAAUGCCAGCACCUCCACACCAAAGGCCGAAAGCAUGGCAGGAAAGGCAAGAAGCACCAUCGCAAGCGUUCCCACUCACCCUCAGGCUCUGAGUCAGAAGAAGAGGAGCUGCCCCCACCAUCUAUCCGGCCCCCCAAGCGGAGGAGGCGGAACCCCUCAGAGUCAGGCUCUGAGCCCUCUUCCUCACUUGAUUCAGUUGAAAGUGGGGGUGCUGCCCUUGGAGGACGGGGCUCCCCUUCCUCCCAUCUUCUUGGAGCAGAUCAUGGCCUUCGGAAAGCCAAGAAACCAAAAAAGAAAACUAAGAAGAGAAGACACAAGUCGAACAGUCCUGAGAGUGAGACAGACCCUGAGGAGAAAGCUGGCAAGGAGAGCGAUGAGAAAGAACAAGAACAGGACAAGGACAGGGAGCUCCGGCAGGCAGAGCUCCCUAACCGUUCCCCGGGCUUUGGAAUCAAGAAGGAGAAGACAGGCUGGGACACGUCAGAAAGUGAGCUGAGUGAGGGUGAGCUGGAGAGGCGGCGGCGGACACUCCUACAGCAGCUGGACGAUCACCAGUGACCCAAUGAGCUGUUCUCUGCCUCGGGUCUGUGUGAGGCUGUGGCUCCUGGGCCACCCUCACCAUCUGCCUCAGACUUCUUCGUUAGUCUGGUCUGUGUCCACUUUUUCUAAAGUAACCCAAUCCCCAGCACACCAUUGUUGGCACCUCUCAAGGUUGCUGUUGGUGUUCAAGGUUCCCCUACUCCCUGGACUAGUGCAGUCCUUGCCCUCAGCCCCAAACCAGAGAUGGUGGUAUGUGCCAUGUGGGGUGGGUGAUGCCAGUAGAUAAAAGUGUGAGAGAAGGGGUCUCCAGGGAAGAGUGACAGGCUGGUGGACACAGCCUGGGUGGCAGAGGGCAGGGUUGUCACCCUCUAGCAUCAGUGCCUGCUCCUGCCUGCCCUGGUCCUGAGGCUCCACCACUUCUUCCUCCCCCCAGGACCUAAUGUACGUGUGUUUUGUUUUUGUUUUUUAAAUAACAAUAUUUAUAACAUG